GGGUGGAACGUAGGAGAGUCCCCGACUGUCUACCCACCUUGAGCCUACCCGACAGCAGCUAAAUUGUUGUCGGCGUCGGUUGUGGUUAAACACUACGACCAGAAGCCGCUCGGAGUGACAGGAGCAGCACAGAUCUCUCAGCUACACUCAUUCAACUGCUACAACUUUUCUCUGCACUUCUUCCAAAUCAAUAGAGCAUCAUGGGGAAAGGCUGCGUGACGGCGAUCAAGUACUUCCUGUUCCUCUUCAACCUCAUUUUCUUUCUUCUUGGGGCCGUCAUCAUGGGCUUUGGAUUGUGGCUCCUCCUGGACAAUCAGAGCUUCAUCGUUGUACUCAAUGACUCCAUAGCUGUCAAGGCUGCGUGCUACAUCCUGAUUGGAGUCGGCACUUUUGCCAUGCUUUUGGGCUUCCUCGGCUGCUUGGGAGCUAUUUAUGAGAUCCGCUGUCUGCUUGGCCUUUACUUCACCUGCCUCUUGUUGAUCCUCAUUGCUGAGAUUGUAGCUGGCGUCCUCAUCUACUUCCAGAAGGGUGUGUUAAAUGAAGAGAUGUCCAAGAUUGUAUCCAAGGUCCUGGACAACUAUCCAGGCAACAACUCGACCACAGAGCAGGCGUGGGACUUCAUUCAACGGAAUAUGGAAUGCUGCGGCUGGAAUGGUCAAAGCGACUGGAACGGAAACAUGGUGAUCAUCAACAGUUCGCAGCUUCUGUUUCCGUGCUCGUGCCACAACUCCUCCCUCGCGACCGGAAACGUCUCCGAGAGCGGAUUCUGCGAAGCUCAGUCACCCGACUGGCCCGUAUACGACACGGGUUGCGCUGUCAGCGUAGAGAGCUGGCUCCUCACCAACAUCGGGGUUGUCCUGGGAAUCUGCAUUGCAAUCGCUUUUAUUGAGCUGCUGGGGAUGAUUCUGGCCAUCUGCUUGUGCAAGAAUAUUCACAGGGAGGACUACACCAAAGUGCCAAAGUACUAAAGUUCACCACACUAAGUUUGGCUUGAGCUGGAGCUAAUAAGGCAUUUAUCCACUCAAUUUUCGGUUGAAAUAUUUUGUCAAAAUGUAAACUUAUGUGUUUAGCUUUACAUUUAGUUGAAUCCCUCUUAGGAGGUAUGUUUUUCUCAGACCGGUCUUGCUUGAAGCACUUUAGAAAAGUUUUGCUUUUAAACUUUCGAUGUUGCAGAAGUGAUGUUGCAAAUGUUUUGACUGGUUUCGAGGAACCUGCGGGGGAAAAAACGAAU